AGGCUGGAACAGACUUACGUAAAUCAUUGAGCAACCUCUUUUUGCCUGUGAAAUCCACAGCUCUUUCUGUGUAUAACAGUGUUUCAGUCUCUAGUUUCUACUUCUAUUUGGCAGUUCAGGGUAAUGAAGAUAAAAUGCAUAUAAUAACCCAAAGUUGCAUCCUAUUUUUGUGGAUACAUACUCUGACCUUUGUGAAAAGUCAAGAUUGUACACUUCAACAGUUUUUACAGGGGGACCUGUAUGAUUCAAAUUUUGACACAACUGGUCUGGAGACCAGCUACCCUGGUGGAAAACAAGUAAGAGUACCCUGUAAUGUUGGGCACAGUGGCUUUUUCAAACUGAUCUGUGUCGAGGGUGGAUGGCAGUCUAGAGGCACUAAAUGUCAACCGAGAUCAUGUGGUCAUCCCGGCGAUGCACAGUUUGCAGAUUUUCAUCUAGAGAAGGGAGAUGAUUUUGUCUUUGGGUCACAGGUUGUAUACACCUGCCAUAAAGGUUAUCAAAUGGUCAGUCGGACAAACUUCCGGCGUUGCAUGGCAGAAGGCUGGGAUGGUGUUGUUCCUAUCUGUGAAGCUCAACAGUGCCCUGUGAUUCAUGUGAACAAUAAUGUUCAGGUGAUUGGGGACCCAGAGGAGGCGACCUAUGGCAACGUAAUUCGAUUUAGCUGCAAGUCCAGCUCUGAAGUCCUUGAAGGGUCAUCAGAGAUCUAUUGUAAUGAAUAUGGAGAUUGGAGUGCUGACCCCCCGAUAUGCAAAGAGAUCAAAUGUAUAAAACCUAAGAUUGAAAAUGGAAAUGUGCAUGGAGAUAUCCAAGUGUAUAAAGAGGAUGAAAUUCUGCAUUUUGCGUGCAACAGGGGAUUUAAACGUGCAGAGAACAUUCCUUCAAAAUGUACAAAACUAGGAACAAGAGCAGAUUGGAGCCCCACACCUGUGUGUGAACCAAUAACAUGUAAACUGGACCUGCCACCACUCUAUGGAACCUCGUAUGAACCUGCUUUCAGAAAUGUGUUUUCAGCUGGUGAAACAGUAACAGUAACAUGUGGAGAGAGGUUCUGGAUUUCUGACCCUCGGAAAAUCUCAGUAGUAACUACAUGUGAAGAAAACGGAGAGUGGAGUGUCAGACCAGUAUGCCAAGAGGUUAGAUGCAGCAAUCGGCGAGAACCAAACGUAUAUUGGUGGAAUGUCUACUGGGGACAACAAAUAUCCUUGGGUGAGACUGUAAAUUACAGGUGUAAGGAAGGCUACAGGAGCACAGAUGGCACCAACCAGGCCACAUGCACCAGAAAUGGGUGGAGCCCAGAUCCACUCUGUCAAGAAAUCACAUGUGACAGACUUGAUGUUGAGAAUGCAAAUAUUCAAAACUAUAAGCAGAAAUACAGACUGCGUGAACAGGCCCAUUAUGUCUGCAAGGAAGGCUAUGAAGGAGAAUUUUCUCUAAGCUGUGGGCAAUAUGGUUGGAGAGAACGACCAUAUCCAUGUAGAGAGAUAACAUGCCACAGACAAUAUUUUGAGAAUGCAGACAUUUCUGGAACCCCUAAGCACACAUACAAGUACAAUGACCAGGUUGAGUAUGUCUGCAAGAAUGGUUUUACGGGAAAUUUUUCUAUAACCUGCAAGAAAAUAGGUUGGACUGGGUCUCGAGAAUGUACAGGAAAACAAUGUAAAAAACUUGACAUCAAAAAUGCAGACAUUGUUCGCAAUGACAAGGAAAUGUACAACAACGGUGAACGAGUUCUGUAUAAAUGCACAUAUGACAAUGAAAUGCGUUUUCCUAUUGUCUGUGAGCAAGGUGUUUGGAAUGACAUUCGGAGCUGUCCAGAGAGACCAUGUGAAAAACUUAUCAUCAGCAAUGCAGACAUUACUCACAAUGAGAGGGAAACUUACAGCGACAAAGAAGAAGUCCAAUAUACAUGCAGGAAAAAUGAAAAACGUUUUACUGUUGUCUGUAACAAAGGACAAUGGACUGACAUUAAGAACUGUUCAGAGUGUCAAAAAGCUAUAGUUCCACACGGAUUUGUGGUUGGUCCAUACAAUGACACAGAUACAGUGUAUUACACCUGUGAUGAAGAUUAUAAGCUUGUCACCAAAGGCUGGUGGGGUGAAGCCAAAUGUAUUGGUGGAGUGUGGUCUGGACUUCAACAAUGUAUUGCAAAGAGCAACUGUGGAGGACCUCCUGUGAUUCCCAAUGGCAAAGUGAUAUCUCAACAUAGUAAUUACAAACCAGAUGAUAGCGUCCAGAUUAUCUGUAAGGAAGGAUACAGCCCUCAAGUUGAUCGCUUAACUUGUCUUGAGGGAAAAUGGAAUUCAAAUGGAGCACAACUCAGAACAAUCUGUGCACCCACUGCCAAAAUCUGCAGUCCCCCACCUAAAGUUGAUAAUGCAGUUGUUGUGUCUUCAUAUCAGAAGGAAUACUUGUCUGGCUCUGAAGUAACUUAUAGGUGCCGUGAUAAUUAUACAUUGGAAGGAGAAGCCACAAUUACAUGCAACGAUGGGAAAUGGGUGAAGAGGAACAUUGUGUGUGCACUAAAACCAUGUGAACUUCCUGAUGACACUCCCAAUGGCUAUUAUCAGAUUAUCCAUGGUGACGACUUUGUUUUUGGAGCGGUUAUCAAGUACUUUUGUAAUGAAGGGUAUCAGAUGGUGAGUAAGGACAACACCCGAACUUGUUUGCUUGACAAAUGGACCAAUCAUGUGCCAAUAUGUGACCCUUUGAGCUGUGACCCCCCACCAGCAGAUGAAGAAAUUACAGUAAAAGGUUUACCAGAAAAUGAUGAUCCUAUUCUUCCUGACCGCUUCCUUACAUUCAGCUGUGAUGGUCCUGGGAAAAUUCUGAACGGCAGUUCAGUGCUGAUAUGUGGGAUAGACGGACAGUGGGAUAAUCCAUUCCCCACUUGUGAAGACAUCAGUUGUAAAGUUGGUGUGUUGCCUGCUCAUCUCAACGCAGCUGGAUUAUCACCAGCAAAUGAAACAGUGAAGGUUGGACAUAGAUUAAAGUUUCACUGCGACAAUGGGUACUGGCUGGACGGGUCGAAAGAAAUUCAGUGUUUACAAACUGGGCAGUGGAAUGCCCCUUUUCCAACUUGCUCUGCUGAGAGCUGCAGAGUCACAAGAAUACCAGACAACUUAAACACCAUCCCACGUGUACCAGCCUAUGAACAAAGAAAAGGACAAAAGUUAAGGUUUUCUUGCCGCCUACGUGGUCAUGUUCUUCACGGGAAAGCACAAGUUGAAUGUUUAGAAAAUGGACAGUGGAGUGAUCCCUUUCCAACAUGUGGACCUCCUUUGGGUUGUGAGAGACCUCCACAUCUUCCAGAUGGAGACACCACAGAAAGGCUUAAGUUCAAGUACAGUCAUGAUGAGAGGGUUGAAUACAUCUGUCAGAAUUACUACAUUAUGCAAGGUGGGCCCUUCAGAACAUGCAACAGUGGUCACUGGACUGGAGCAAUAAGAUGCCUCAAACCUUGCACUGUGGACAGACAACUCAUGACCAGACAUAACAUUCAGUUCAAAUAUAUCUUGGGUGACGACAAGCUGUAUUUACUCCAUAAUGAUGAAACUGAGUUUAUCUGUACCAGAGGAAGACGACAUGUAGGCACAUAUGUCAUGCGUCAGAGGUGUGUUGAUGGUGUGAUGAACCUGCCUUCUUGCCAGUAAAGAUUUCUAGUCAACUGGAAUUGAUAACAUGAGCUGUCUGGACAAACAUACAUAUGAUUAACCUGAGUAAGAUUCACGUACUGAUCCAGUGUCUGUACUUAAGCGGUGUGUGUGGUCAUUUUAAUAAAAGAUAUAUUCUCACUUACACUGUUUUCUGCUUUAACACACAUUAUGACAACAAUGUCUGUGUCCCAUCUUGUCUUGGGAGAGUCUUGUCAUCUUUUCUGGAGAAAACUGCUCAUCUCAGAGAGACAAAAAUACAAUAACUGCAAUAUACAGCUAGCUGUCUGUAUGCCAUGCUGUAUAUCAAAGUAUGUGCAUUCUGUAUUUUACAAGCUAUAUUCAGCCCAUGGUGCUGAAAUCGAAUUCAUCCGAAUCAAUGGAAGACAACCUGUCAGCACACUUGCCAUGCAUCAGCUGUGUGUUGAUGGCGUGAUGAACCUGCCCAGGUGCCAGUAAAGGCUGUUAGUCAACUAAAAGUGAUGGGAAAGGUGAAUAAACAUGUAAAUGAAUCAGACAUGUUAUGAAGUACAGAUAGUAGCUGAACUUAUGUGUCUGCUUUAGUGCUGUCAACUGUGGCACUUUUAAUAAAAAAAACAAUAUUCA